AUGACACCAAAUGAGCUGAAUUACACGCAAAUUGAAAAGUUGUGUUUGGCACUAGUCUUCUCGAUUCAAAAGUUGAAGCACUACUUUCAAGCUCAUAGUGUUCACCUUAUUUCCAGAGCAAAUCCCAUCAAGUUUAUGAUGUCAAAAUCAGUCCUCACUGAUCAACUAGCAAGGUGGUACCUCCAGUUUCAACAAUUUAAGAUUACAUACAUCCCUCAAAAGGCUGUAAAAGGACAGACAUUGGCGAAAUUCCUAGCGGAUCACCCGAUACCUGAUGAUUGGGAUCUAACUGAUGAAUUUCCCGAUGAAGAUGGAGAAGUUCUCCCAUACUCCUUUACUUUGACACAACAUUGCUCCAAUAAUGUCGCUGAAUAUCAAGCACUAAUACUUGGACUGGAAAUGGCUGUCGACAUGAAGCAGUUACAGUUUUAUGAAGUCAAGAAGCCUGAAUUAUUCCCCUAUCAUGGUUAUGCUCAGAAGUUGAUAGGAUGGCUUGGUGAUGUGACUCUUCAGCAUGUUCCAAGGAAGGAAAAUAAGAAAGUCGAUGUUUUAGCUGCUCUAGCUUCAACGCUAACUCUGCCAGAUUAA